CAGUUACGGAUGUCUGAUGAUAAUAACGGAUAAUGGCCUACAUAUACCGAAUCUGUAUUAUCACAAUAUUUGAUUUAUUAUGUAUGUUAAUACCGGAAGCUGUGGUAUAGUGAAGAUGCGUGUUCCUCUCACGCGGCGUUCACAUAUAACAUCCUCACCCAAUUACGGAUGUCUGAUGAUAAAAACGGAUAAUGCCUACAUAUACCGAAUCUGUAUUGUCACAAUAUUUAAUUCACUAUAUAAGUUAAUAUCGGAAUACAUGAACUGGAACUUAAUUGGCUCUGUGUGUGAUAUACAGUAUCUGAAAAUAUCUGGAUAUCUGUCAUUAGUUUCAUUAAGAGCUAACCCUCUAACAAUUAUUAACAUUCAUAGUAUAGAUUAAUCCAGUGAAGCUGCAAGAAGUUUUCCCAGCACAGAUCUUCACUUACAUUUUUGUUGGCAGCACAUCUCCCGUCAGGUCUUGGGAGCACCGGGUGUUGUUCGGCAGGAAGGAGGCCAGGUUGUUAGGGCACGGCCUCACCCCACUGUCGCACACACCCACAGGCAUGAGGGGUGCCAGCCAGCAGGCCACGUCCCCAACACAGCUCCCACCUGCAUCCUGACCUCAUUCAGCAUCAACACCAGCCACACAGAAAAGUGAUGCUCCUGCAACAGCUGACGUUUACCUUUGCCAGUCACCUCGUCCAUGCUGAACUGCUCCACCAGCACCUUUGAAGCAGCUGUCCUACAUCCUCCUGGAAGCAACAGCAUGCAGUCACAACAGAAUCAAAUGCAGCAUCAGUAUGGCUCACCAAACACUUCCCCUCACACUGGUGGUGUUGACCUGCCUCUUGAACACCUGCCCUCCUGUGCUCCUGCCCUUCACAGCCCUCCAGGUGACAUCAGAAGGUGGAAUUUGAGUCGGCCAAGCCUCAGAAAUGCAGGAAGGAUUAGCGGUGAUGAUGACUGCAGGCUGCCAUCGACCCGCAGGUGUGAUGGUGCCCGACCAGCUGGUACACAUCAGUGAGAUGGUGGUGGUGCUGGAAAACAGCUGGUUUGCCUGCUGGUCUGGUCUAUUUAUAUUAUUCCUCCUGCUGAAUCCACUAUUUUUCUCCACUAAUGUAUUAUUCCACUAUGAUAUUCCAAUGACAGAUUUCAGUUCUUCAGUAUUUUGAGCAGUUCUGAAGUUCCAGUGACAGUUAUAACUUCCUCACCAGACUUAUCAGUGGUGUGUUGAGAUGUUCCACUGACAGGUAUAGCUGCAUCUGACUCACCAAUACUUUGCUGUAAGGUUCCAUUCACAGGUAAAGCCUCAUCAGACACAACACGGAGUGCAGCUUCUUCUGAGAUACCAGUGGUCUGAAGUGAAGCUGCAAGAAGUUUUCCCAGCACAGAUCUUCACUUACAUUUCUGUUGGCGGCACAUCUCCCGUCAGGUCUUGGGAGCACCGGGUGUUGUUCGGCAGGAAGGAGGCCAGGUUGUUAGGGCACGGCCUCACCCCACUGUCGCACACAUCCACAGGCAUGAGGGGUGCCUAACCUAACCAUCUCUCUCUCUCUCUCUCUCUCUCUCUCUCUCAGAAUGUGGAUGAGGGGACAAGAGAGCCUACUACUACUACUACUACUACUACUACUGCUACUACUACUGCUACUAACAAAAGGCAAAAGGAGUACACUACAGGGGGCCAAGGACACACCACAGCUGCCCACAUACAUAUUUAAAAGUCAUUUUUUAUGGAUUUUUACAAAGUUUAGACAUAGACAGAUAGAAGAAUUUGUUUGUUGAAUGCCUAAUUGCCUCAUUUCUGGUAUUUUAAUGAUUUUUUUAAUUGUUAGGGUGUUCAAGGGGUUUUUUCAUAAUAUAUGGGGUUUUUUUCAUAAUAUUAGUCAUAGUUUUGCAGGCUCUGCUUAUUUAUCUAUGUUAUUUUAUCUAUUAAUCUCUCAGUGUACCCAUUUAUCUAAGUAUCUGCUGGACCUAACCUAACUAGGCCUAUCUCUGCUUGUCUCAAUGUCUAUCUAUUUUACCUAAUCUAACCAUCUAUCUCUCAGUCUAUUUAACUUUCUGUUUAACCAUUUAUCUAUCUCUCUGUCUCAAUCAAUGUAACUAAGUACCUACCUAAUCUAACCAUCUCUAUCUCUCUCUCUCAGAAUGUGGAUGAGGGGACAAGAGAGCCAGUGUUCCAAGUACCACCACCAUCACCACUGCCGCCACCACCACCACCACCAUCAGGAGCACAGAUUCACUGAAGUCUCUACCAAGAUUUCUUUGAGUUUUUUGAUAAAUUUAACUUCCAGGAGAGAGAGAGAGAUGCUGAUUGUUAAAGACAGUGUGUGAAGCCUGCCCACUGUCUUUGUAUAUACAGGUUAGGGUGUGUGUGUGUGUGUGUGUGUGUGUGUGUGUGUGUGUGUGUGUGUUUGUUUGUUUUGUAUCCUCCACACUGCUGGUCUUAAUCUAGCUUGCCAAACUAAAUGAAGUCAUCCACAGCCACAGCCUUAUUCUUCCUUUCAUUUGUAUCUACACAGUCCUAUGAGCAGCUCCUCCUCCUCCUCCUCCUCCUUCUCUUCCUCCUCCUCCUCCUCCUCCUCCUCCUCCUCCUCCUCCUCCUCCUCCUCCUCCUCCUCCUCCUCCUCCUCCUCCUCCUCGUCUUCCUUCUAUUAUUCCUGUUUCCUUGUAUGUCUUAUUCCUCCUCCUCCUCCUCCUCCUCCUCCUCCUCCUCCUCCUCCUCCUCCUCCUCCUCCUCCUCCUCCUCUUAAUGUUUUCUCUUUCACUGCUGUUCAUGAAAGUGUUGAAGAAAUAUUAGUUAUAUCUGGCAGUGAUCAGACCUCAUGUACAGGUGUGGUCCCUUACUACAGACACAGCCUAAGGUAACCUAACCCAAUCAUUUCAGAAGGUGGAAUUUGAGUCGGCCAAGCCUCAGAAAUGCAGGAAGGAUUAGCGGUGAUGAUGACUGCAGGCUGCCAUCGACCCGCAGGUGUGAUGGUGCCCGACCAGCUGGUACACAUCAGUGAGAUGGUGGUGGUGCUGGAAAACAGCUGGUUUGCCUGCUGGUCUGGUCUAUUUAUAUUAUUCCUCCUGCUGAAUCCACUAUUUUUCUCCACUAAUGUAUUAUUCCACUAUGAUAUUCCAAUGACAGAUUUCAGUUCUUCAGUAUUUUGAGCAGUUCUGAAGUUCCAGUGACAGUUAUAACUUCCUCACCAGACUUAUCAGUGGUGUGUUGAGAUGUUCCACUGACAGGUAUAGCUGCAUCUGACUCACCAAUACUUUGCUGUAAGGUUCCAUUCACAGGUAAAGCCUCAUCAGACACAACACGGAGUGCAGCUUCUUCUGAGAUACCAGUGGUCUGAAGUGAAGCUGCAAGAAGUUUUCCCAGCACAGAUCUUCACUUACAUUUCUGUUGGCGGCACAUCUCCCGUCAGGUCUUGGGAGCACCGGGUGUUGUUCGGCAGGAAGGAGGCCAGGUUGUUAGGGCACGGCCUCACCCCACUGUCGCACACAUCCACAGGCAUGAGGGGUGCCUAACCUAACCAUCUCUCUCUCUCUCUCUCUCUCUCUCUCUCAGAAUGUGGAUGAGGGGACAAGAGAGCCUACUACUACUACUACUACUACUACUGCUACUACUACUGCUACUAACAAAAGGCAAAAGGAGUACACUACAGGGGGCCAAGGACACACCACAGCUGCCCACAUACAUAUUUAAAAAAUGUGGAUGAGGGGACAAGAGAGCCAGUGUUCCAAGUACCACCACCAUCACCACUGCCACCACCACCACCACCAUCAGGAGCACAGAUUCACUGAAGUCUCUACCAAGAUUUCUUUGAGUUUUUUGAUAAAUUUAACUUCCAGGAGAGAGAGAGAUGCUGAUUGUUAAAGACAGUGUGUGAAGCCUGCCCACUGUCUUUGUAUAUACAGGUUAGGGUGUGUGUGUGUGUGUGUGUGUGUGUGUGUGUGAGUGUUUUGUAUCCUCCACACUGCUUGUCUUAAUCUAGCUUGCCACACUCCAUGAAGUCAUCCACAGCCUUAUUCUUCCUUUCAUUUGUCUCUCCACAGUCCUAUGAACAGCACCACCAUUCACUUCCUGCCCUCUCCACUCUCCCUAACUCCAAAUCACUUGCACCACAUCUCCACCUCAUAUUUCUGACACUGCAGUAUCAUGUGCUCCACCACCUCAUCCUCCCCAUGGCUCACGUUGCUGCAAGACUCACACCUGUAACUCUUUGCAUUCACAUCCAUACACUGUCCUUGCUUAGAAGAGGUCACCAGCCAGGCUUCCCUCAUACCACCUUUCAUACAUUGGGGGUUCUUGUGUUCUAUUCUGUUCUUCUGUUCAUUCAGUUUAUCCCUCUUCUCUAAUCUAUCUCACUUUUCCACCUUUUAUCUCAAUGUAAUCUGUCCCUUGUUCUGUCAUGGUGAACCUGUCUUCCCUCUAAAGGUCACAGUUUGAAGUGUUCCUGCUGGUCUUCUAGGCUUGUGUUGGGCUUCUCUUUGUGCAUUUACAGAAACACAGUUUAAGUUUAGGUUAUCAGAGUGGUGAUAGGAAGAGCUGGUUCUUCCUCAUUAGUAAUAGAAUGCUGGUGUGGAUGACACACAGCUCAGCGUUCCUCUUGAUUCCUCCCACUCCACACCACCAGGCACUAAACACUAUGUACUGUGUUUACUAAUGCAAUUGCUCUGUGGUUUUCCCUGUUCAUUCUUGCUCCUGUGUCCUUCUUUAUGCAACAGAGAUACCCAGCAUUCAUUCUACCUUCUCUGCACUCUCUUCUCUCCACACCUGGUGAAAUAACUCAGUAUUAUCACCCACUUCCCUUUAUUCCUAAACAUACAGCACAGGGUAUCUCAUCUGGCCCUGCUACCUUCCCAAACUUCUGCCUUUUUUACACUUUCUUCAUGUCCUCCCUUCUGAUUCUCUCAACUUGCACACACCUUGCUUGUCCAGUGUCACACAUCAGUACAUAGGCUUCUCCACAGUGGCUCCUUGUCCCUCACCACCAUUCUCUCUGUCAGUCAAGAGGUUCUCCAUCCAUCUCAGCAGGCCACCCUUUCCAGCUUCCACACAUGGCACCCUAUCAAAGGCACCAUUUAAAGGCACUAUUUAUUGCCUGUCCAGUGUCACACAUCAGUACAUAGGCUUCUCCACAGUGGCUCCUUGUCCCUCACCACCAUUCUCUCUGUCAGUCAAGAGGUUCUCCAUCCAUCUCAGCAGGCCACCCCUUCCAGCUUCCACACAUGGCACCCUAUCAAAGGCACCCCUAUUUAUUGCCUGUCCAGUGUCACACAUCAGUACAGUGUGUGUGUGUGUGUGUGUGUUUGAGCAUUCUUGUAUUUUGAUUUAUUUAUUUUUUUUGAAAGGCCACAUUAAUCAGGUCCUCAAAGGUGUUUUUUUUCCUGUUUCUAUUUGUUAAACUAUCACUGGAAUCAUGAAAACUCAGUAACUGUAACCUGUUAAACAGAGAGAGAGAGAGAGAGAGAGAGAGAGAUUUAAUCCUCUCACUGCUUCACCAAUUACCAUUCAAUUAGUCCUAACAUUUUCAAACUGGUCGCAUUGUUUGUUUAUUGGUUUUAAAGUUGUAAUUUGUAACAAUACAUUAAUAAAAUUCUCUGCCUCAAAAGAGUUUAGUUUUUAAUACUGAUUGGUACACUGUAAACUUGUAAACGUGUGUGUGUGUGUGUGUGUGUGUUAGUCACCUACGGUCGUUGGCUGAAUGAUUAACAGGCGAUCGUAGGUGAGAGAGAGAGAGAGAGAGAGACUUGAUAACCAUUCACACACAACUAUAAAUUAAAGAAAAAAAAACGAUAAUUUUAAUAAAACACUCAUAACAGAAUAUAUAACUUUACUUAAUACAAGCCAGCAAACAUACCAGCGCAGAUAUAUUAAUAACAAUGACAAGAAAAAAAAAAUAAUAAUUAGGACUAUAUGCUAUGUACUCUGAAACGCUUACUGUAUUCAAAUGUCACAUAGAUGAUUAACCUGACUUUCAAAUACAGUUUUCCUGUUAAUAAUACAGAAAUCUUGUUAAUCUGUCACUAGAACCAUAGAAAACAUCUUUGAAAACUUGUGUAGCUUCAUAGAAUCUAAUCAGCUCAGUAGGGAGGCAACACAGAAUUCCUGAACAUAACUGCCUUGUCUAAUUCCCAGCAGUCGUCCCCAGUCGGCCCCGUUUACCGCUAUCGGCGAGAGAGAAGGGCCGAGCUGUGGAAUGCGGUGUUGGUAAUGGAAAAAAAUGUUAAAUUAUUACUCAUUGGGUGAAAUUACUAUAUAACAUAAGAGAUUGGGUGAUUAGGUAGCGCUGGAUACGUAAUGAUUAGAUUGGCUAAGUCUGAUUGGAGUAGGUUCGUCAAGGUAUGGUGAUUUAGUUAGCUAGAUAAGGUGAUACGAUUAGAUUGGGCUGAUAUGAUAUACCAGGCCCUAAUUAGGAUGAUUAAGUGAGAUUGAGUAGGUGUGAUUAGGCUGGAGAGAGCAAUGGGCAGGUGACGCAGUUAAUCUUAUUAGGUGAAAUGAAUAACUUGAUCAGAUUGUUUAUUUAUGUCCGAAGAAAAUGUUUAGUUAAUUGGCCAGUGACAAGUUGCAAAGGUGAUUAGACUGCAGGUAACGUUAACAAGCUUGUUUGUCUAAGUGACUGAUCUGUGAUGCGUUUACUGAGGUGGGAAUCACACACACACACACACACACACGCCCUUAAUAAUGCUGUAUGCCACGUACGCCCAUAUAUGUCCACACCCACGCCCACACCCACACCUACGCCCACACCCACACACACGCCCACUCAUCGUACGUCCGCCGACUCACGCCCACCCCCAGUCACACAUUAUUUACACAUUAUUCAUAUAUAUAUCUUUCCCUUCAUGUUUGUAAUGCAAGGCUGAGGUUACCGUAUCGUGCACCACUGGUUGACUUCGUACAUGUGAAAAGAAUAUCGUACGUUACUUUUAUUAUUCAAUUUUUAUAAUGUAUAUUAAUAUGCGCAGUUAGUGUAACGACUGUGUAUCUGCAGCUUGUUUCAUUAUAAUGUGAUGGACUCAAUGUAUUAUUUCUCUACCUUCUUCCUUCUCUUCCUUCUUCCUUCUCUUCCUCCUCUUCCUCCUCAUCAUCAUCAUCAUAAUUUCCUCUAUUUUCAUUAUUGUCAGUUCUUAUUUGAUUUUAAAGUGAAGUACGCCAUUUUUCCUCCUCCUCCUCCUCCAUCUUGUCUGAGGGCAUUGGGGCGAGUUGAGGUGCCGGGCAGGUGGCCACGCGCGAGUCCACUCUUACUGCAGACGUGACCGAGGUGGGUGAGCCGGGACGUAGUGAAGGGUAUGGCGUGGUGGUGGCGGCAGCGGCGGUGACGACGGCAGCGGCGGUGACGGCGGCAGCGGCGGUGACGACUUGGGUGUCCUGGGUGGCUUUAACAGUUAACUGUUGAAGACAAGUGUAGCGAGUGUCGGCGCUUGUGUCGGGAGUUCUGAGCACGGCUGUGUCAAUGGAGAUACCGUGAACACACACAGGAAGAUUUAAGAAGUAGGAUGAUGCCACAUAGACAGACAGACAGGUGUGGAAGAAGUGCUGGCAUACUGGAGGUCAAGAGUCACGUGUUGAGUCAUAAAGGUCACCAAGAGAGGUCAUCCACUCAACCCCACUCUGCCAGUCCAGACGCAACACUGUCAUGAAGAUUUGCCUCAAGCUGUUUGCCCCUGUCUGCCUGUCUGUCUGUCUGUCUGUCUGUCUGCCUGCCUGUCUGCCUGUCUGUCUGUCUGUCUGUCUGUCUGUCUGUCUGUCUGCCUGCCUGCCUCCCUGCCUGCCUGCCUGCCUGCCUGCCUGCCUGCCUGUCUGUCUGUCUGUCUGCCUGCCUGCCUGUCUGCCAAUUAAUGAUCUGUGUAUUCUGUUAUACUUGUGAAUACUGUAUGUGUGUGUGUGUGUGUGUGUGUGUGUGUGUUGUAUUGUUGUGUAAAGUAUAUUAUUGAUUGUAUAGCACAUGUAUGGGCUGGCCAGACCUGAUGUACUGUGACAACCAAAAUCUUGACAUAUACUGCUUGAUAAAUGAAAAGUAAAAAUAGAUAAAUAAAAUAAAAAUUUUGUGCCAAACUAA